CAAAGGGUCGGCGUUGGUCUCUCUUUCUUCUACGAUUAUCUUUCGUUCUUAGUCCAAAUUCCAUGGCUUUCUGGGGAGUUGAAGUGAAGCCAGGAAAAACUUUCACUCUUAAGAAAACUGAAGCAACAGGAAUCAGAAGACUUCACCUUUCCCAGGCGACAUUGGGCCAUGGUACUGCAACCAUUAAAAGCAUUCUACAGUGUAACGUUGGGAACAAAAGUCCCCUCUUGUUAUGUGUCUUGUCUCCCGACAAGGUUGAUUCUUGCCAACUGAAUCUGGAGUUUGAAGAAACUGAUGAAGUUAUCUUCUCUGUCAUCGGACCUCGGAGUGUUCACCUCACUGGCUACUUCCUCGGAAGGAGUACCGGUAUUAGGCCAAAUGAUGAUGAAUCAGAGUCAUAUGGAGAAGACAUUGUUGACACAGACAUGGAGAAAGGUAGCAGUGAUGAUUAUGACUACAGUGAUAGUUUCAUUAACGACGACGAUCCACCUGGCCGUGGUUCACACGUGUCUAGUACUGAUGAUGAUGAAAUAUCUAUUAAGGAGAUGGCAGCUAAAACAAAAGACAAGAAAAAAAAUGGAAGAGGUGGAAGGCUAAGGAAGAAGUUUCAAGUCUCUGAUUCAGAUUCUGAUGAAACUUCGGGUAGAGCUGGUGAAUCUAGCAAUGAGGAUUCUGUAGAAAUACUUAACAAUGGUAAUGAGCACAAGAUCGCCAAGGUCCUUUCUUCAGAGAGUCCUCUACCUUCAAGGGUUACGAGGUCGAAGGCAAGAAGUUCUACUUUGGAAAAUGGUGAGCCUAAUGCCAAGUGUGAGAAGACAUCAGAAGGAAGACCUCAUACUCACAAGACUCUGGAUAAAAGGGAGGAUAGACCAUUGGAUGAUGCUAAACUUUCUCCCGUCCAGAAAGGCUGUGAAAUUCUUUCGAAGAAAAAAAGAAACAAGGAAAGGUCUAAGAGUUCAGCGAUAAUUAUUGAAUCAGAUGACGGAGAGGGGAAAAAUAUGCCUGAAAGUCUUCAGAAUGAGAAGCCAGUUACUGACAAGGGGAUCAAAUCAUCAAGUGAUGUAUUACUCUCUCAGAAUGGUGAUGCAACUCUAUCAAAGAAAAAGAGGAAAAGGGAUAGGAGAGAGGAAACUACAGAUGUCCCAGAAAAUCUAGUUGAAUGUCCAGAGAAGAAGAAACAAGCUAUCGACAAGAACAUUGAGAAAGAAGUUGGUACUAAGAAACCACUAGAAACGAGGACUUUAUCAAAUGGAGUGAUCAUUGAAGAGAUUGAAAAAGGAAAGUUAGAUGGAAAAUCAGCUGUUAAAGGGAAAAAGGUCAGUAUACUCUAUACUGGGAAGUUGAAAGACACUGGGAAAUUGUUUGAUUCAAACUUGGGAGAAGCUCCACUAAGAUUCCGCUUAGGUGGAGAAAAUGUCAUAGAAGGUCUCAGCAUUGGUGCUGAAGGAAUGCGAGUUGGUGAUAAGAGAAGACUCAUAAUUCCGCCAUCCCUCGGGUACUCAAAAAAGGGAUUGAAGGAAAAGGUGCCUAAGAAUGCGUGGCUUGUCUAUGAAGUGGAGGCAGUAAAAGUUAGAUAAUGACAUUGGCUUUUGACCUUUUUAAUACAUGGGUAGGGUUUUG